GCUGCUGCCCUCCCUCCGUGCCCGCCCGCCGCUGCCGCUGCUUCAGCUUCCUUUCUGCCUCCCGGGAGCGCGAGGCCGGCUCGGCUGUGGAUGAUUAGAUAGCCCCCGCCGCCAGCCCCCCGUCCUCCCCGCAUCCAGCACGGACCCGACGGCGGCGGCGGCUGCAGCGAGAGGAGGAGGAGGCGGAAGAUGGCGGGACGGCUACCGGCCUGUGUGGUGGACUGUGGCACCGGGUAUACAAAACUUGGAUAUGCUGGAAAUACAGAACCACAGUUUAUCAUCCCUUCAUGUAUUGCUAUCAAGGAGUCUGCAAAAGUAGGAGAUCAAGCACAAAGGAGGGUGAUGAAGGGUGUUGAUGAUCUAGACUUCUUUAUUGGGGAUGAAGCAAUAGAAAAGCCAACUUAUGCAACAAAGUGGCCAAUCCGUCAUGGUAUAGUUGAAGAUUGGGACUUGAUGGAGAGAUUUAUGGAACAAGUGAUCUUUAAAUACCUACGGGCAGAACCUGAAGAUCAUUAUUUUCUUUUGACUGAACCUCCACUAAACACACCAGAAAACAGGGAAUAUACAGCUGAAAUUAUGUUUGAAUCCUUUAAUGUACCAGGCCUAUACAUAGCUGUACAGGCUGUCCUUGCCUUAGCUGCAUCUUGGACAUCAAGACAGGUAGGAGAGCGGACUCUGACUGGUACGGUUAUAGACAGUGGAGAUGGUGUCACUCACGUCAUUCCUGUGGCUGAAGGGUAUGUUAUUGGCAGCUGUAUCAAGCACAUUCCAAUUGCUGGGAGAGAUAUAACAUAUUUUAUUCAGCAGCUAUUGAGAGAACGAGAAGUAGGAAUUCCUCCUGAACAAUCCCUGGAAACAGCUAAGGCAGUGAAGGAACGUUAUAGUUAUGUCUGCCCAGAUUUAGUCAAAGAAUUUAACAAGUAUGAUACAGAUGGGUCAAAGUGGAUUAAACAGUAUACUGGAAUCAAUGCAAUCUCAAAAAAAGAAUUUUCUAUUGAUGUUGGUUAUGAACGGUUCCUGGGUCCAGAAAUUUUCUUUCACCCAGAGUUUGCUAAUCCAGACUUCACACAGCCUAUCUCAGAAGUAGUAGAUGAGGUAAUUCAGAAUUGUCCCAUUGAUGUCAGACGUCCUCUCUACAAGAAUAUUGUACUCUCUGGGGGUUCAACCAUGUUCAGGGAUUUUGGACGUCGACUACAACGAGAUUUGAAAAGAACUGUUGAUGCAAGACUGAAGUUAAGUGAAGAAUUAAGUGGUGGUAGACUGAAGCCUAAACCUAUUGAUGUGCAAGUCAUUACACACCACAUGCAGCGAUAUGCAGUAUGGUUUGGGGGAUCAAUGCUAGCUUCCACACCUGAGUUCUACCAAGUAUGCCACACCAAAAAGGAUUAUGAAGAAAUUGGACCUAGUAUUUGCCGCCACAACCCAGUGUUUGGGGUUAUGUCUUAAAAUUGACUUCAUAGUUAUAACAGUUAGGGAAGUGGGGAAGAGCUCAUCUUUCUGAUUUACCUGUUUUGUCUGGAUGGCUGAUAAGAUAGCAAACUGACUUGACAAGAAAAAGACCAAACAUAAUUCAACAGGAAUAUUUUAAUAAAUGUAUCAACAUACGAAUGUAGAAGAAAGCCAAAAUGAUUAAAAGUGUUUUCCUUUAGAUAAUAUUUGAAUCUGUGUGUAACAAAAAGAAAUGGGUUUUAGUUCUUUCUGUGACCAGAUAUUUUGUAUAUUAAUGGAUUAUCCAAGAUUUGAUGGAAUUUAAUGGUAUGUAGAUAGCUCUAUAAUGCUUGAAUUGUACACACCAAAGUGUACGAUGCAAGAGCUUGUUUAUAUUUCAUACUUUUUUAUACUUUGAGGAAAAAAUGUCAAAGAAAAACUGUCAUAUUUGAGGAAAAGAAAGACCAACUCUAAGGUAAAUUAAAAAAAAAAAGCCUCAUGACACUUGCUUACACACUCAUGUUAUCCUAGUUAUUAAAAUUUUCAACCAUCCAAAAAAAAAAUCUGGUUUUCUUUGCAAGUGCUUUUUGGAACUAAAGCUACUAUCUUGGAUUAACUGAUGCCUGCUAGUGCUUUCUGAAUGCUAUCAUUCUGUUUCCUGCUUUAAAAAAAAAAAAAAAAAAAAAAAAAAAAGUAAAGACAAGAUGUUGGACCAGUAUUGCAGUUAUGUAGUAUCAUUUCUAAUUUUAAAAAAAUCUGGAUAUCAAAAUUGGUGUAUAUAAAACCUAACACCAUUCCAAUAAAGACACAAAAUUUGUUUUGAUAUUUGUUUGAAGCUCUUCAAUCUCUUUAUAAGCUAAAUGAUAAAUUUUCUGAAGACCUCACAAUUAGCAGUUGGGUUAGCAAGAAUUUUUUUAUGUGCUUUGUACAAACAAGUAUGUAAUUUUAGAACUAAAAUAUUGACUGCUUUCAUUUUGAUAACUGCACCAACAUUUGAUAUUUUUAUUUGCAUAAUGAAUAUUCACAGUUUGAUUUUUUUUUUUUUUUCCUCCCAGUCACCAACUAACUAUCAUGCGAGUUAGAUUUUCUUGCAUUUUUAAAUCUCUGGAUCAUGCAAAAAAAAAAAAAAUAAAUUGAAACAACUACCUUUUCUAAUGUUUUUUAAAAAGCAAUAUAAUUUGAUUUUAUGUAUAUUAGGUGUAAUUUCUUCUACAUUCUAUGAAAUUGUGGAAAUCAAAAUCUUUAUAAUGUGUGUGUGUGGUGGGAAAAAUUAUCUUGAACUCAGUUAUACCUGUUAUGUACAAAAGACCAGAAGAGGGAAAUCUUUUAGACACUUUUUUGUUCAACAGUAUGAUUGCAUCAAUAAUGUCAAUAUUUGAACUGUAAAAUGUGUUAUCCUUGAAAAUAAUAUAUAGUUAGAACAUUAAAAUAAAUCUAUCCAAAAGAUGAAGACCAAUUUUUAAAAAAAGUUGCAGUAUGUUUUAGUCUAGGUUACAGAAUUUGGGAGCAAAAACUAGUUUUCAUUUGGAAUGAUUCUGAAAUGUGAGAAUUUGCUAAAUAUAUGUGAAACUUCAUUCUUUGAGAAUGGGAGUAAAUGCUAAUAGAAUGUUUGUCAUGUGUACUUUGUAGCAAUCAUUUUUCAAAGAUCAUGUGGUUUAGAAAUAAAUUGGAUAAACAAUGAAAAAAA